AUGGUCUCGCCAACAAGCAUAAAAGAGCACCAUGAAUCCUCGCCUCUACUCUCUCGCUCCUCAUCCAACUACUCCUCUGGCUAUCUCUCCCUGCCUCUCAAUCCCUCCCACCUUACCCUAGCCUCACACGAGUCAGUCGAUCUCGAAGCCAUGUCCAAGACCCAGACGCGCAGCAAGCCCAUCGUCCUGCUCGGCAGUGCCGGUCUGGCGCUGCUGCUCAUCUGCCUUUGCGCCUUCAGCACCAAUGCUGACGCCGCCUCGGUCGCCAGGUCGCUCAUCGGCCUCGAGCAGAACGCCGGCCGCCUCGAGCCCCGCGCCACCACCUCCAACUACUCCUACCAGCGCAUGAUCGCCAACAUCGGCGGCGCCUCCUCCACCGCUGGCGGCAACCAGGUGCCCGGCGUCCAGUCGGGCGCCGUCAUCGCCUCGCCCUCCACUGCAGGCCCCAACUACUUUUACUCGUGGGUGCGCGACGCCGCGCUCACCAUGAAGGUCGUCAUCUCGCAGGGCACGCUCGACCGCACGCUCGUGCAGAACUACGCCAACGCCGAGAAGGUGCACCAGCAGAACGCCGCCAGCUCGAGCUCCGGCCAGGGUGAACCGAAGUUCAACCCGGAUGGAUCGCUCUUCACGGGUCCCUGGGGUCGUCCGCAGAACGACAGCCCUGCGCUGCGCGCCUCGGCGCUGAUCGCCUUUGCCAAGCGCAUCGGCCUCACCGACCCCUUUGUCACCGGCACGCUGUACAAGUCGGACCUGAGCGCCGGCAGCGUGAUCAAGACCGACCUCGAGUGGGUGUCGCACCACUGGCAAGACAGCAGCUUCGACCUGUGGGAGGAGGUGCAGGGUGCGCACUUCUUCACGCUCGCCGUGCAGCGCCGUGCGCUCGUCGACGGUGCCAAGUUCGCCACCUCGAUGAGCGACCCUGGUGCGGCCACCUACUACAACCAGCAGGCUGCGGCGGUCAAGACCAAGCUGCAGACCUUCUGGGACUCGGGCAACGGCUACAUCCAGGCGUACCAGGGCGUCAGCGGCCGCUCGGGUCUCGACUGCUCCGUCAUGCUCGGCGCGCUCAAGGGCUGGGACACCACCAACGCCACCGCCGCCGUCGACGCCACCGAGUUCGGCCCCGCCUCGGACAAGGUGCUUGCCACGCACAAGAAGUACGUCGACUCGUUCCGUUCGCUCUACGCCAUCAACAACAACGCCGCUGCGCCCAACGCCGUUGCCACCGGUCGCUACCAGGAGGAUGUCUACGACGGCAAUGGCACGUCGCAGGGCAACCCUUGGUUCAUCUGCACCCUCGCUGCUGCCGAGGUGCUCAACACCGCCGUCUCGGUUGCCAAUGCUCGCGGCAGCCUUGCGGUUACCUCGACCUCGCUGCCUUUCUACAGGCAGUUCUCGUCGUCGGCGGCUGCAGGCACGUACGCCUCGGGCUCGAGCCAGUUCACCACGCUCACCUCGGGCAUGAAGGCCAUGGCCAACGGCUUUGUCAACAUCGUCCAGUCGCACACCCAGUCCAACGGCUCCAUGAACGAGGAGUUCAAUCGCAACACGGGCUUCAACCAGGGCGCCCGCGACCUCACCUGGUCCUACGCCGCCUUUGUCUCCAACGACCUCGCCUCGCAGGGCAAGUACCUCGUUGUCUAA